ACUUGUCUACAACCAUAGACCAAAGAUGAAUUUAUAUUUAGAAGUUUUUCUUGUUGCCAUUCAGAUUUCAUGGAAAAAGGUUUCUUUAUGGGUCUACCAGCAUGCCUUAAUCAUAUUGGGGUUCCAAAGAUUGUUUUAUUACCCACAUCAUCCAGCUUUAUCAUAGAGGAGGAAAGAAAGUUUCGUUUAUGGGCCUGUAGAAAUGGGGCAUUUUCACAAUGAUUUGUGUAGUGGUUUAUAUAUCUAAUUUCACCUGACAGAAAAUUUGUGCAUACAGUUGCAUAUAGAAUUGAUUUCCAAGCAUUUGAUCCAACAAUUAGCCAUGAGAGGAACAAGAAGAGGACUUGGUGGACAAGCCGGAAUGACACAAACUCGCACACGCGCUAGUGAUGGGUGCACAUGGAGUGGUCCAACACCUCAGUCGCAACCGUGUAGGUGGACACGAAUGGUUGAGCAAAACUCAUCAUCGGACGACUCAACACAGCCCCCGGAUAUGGUUUUGGGUACUGAGUUUCCUGAAAUUAGCAAUGAUCCAAAUACAAGGCCUGAGAACAAUGGGAGAGUACCAAUGCGGAGGUGUCGUGGACCAGCUGGGUGCACUGAGCUUAUGAAGCUUCGUAAGCAUGGUCUCAUUCCUUUGAAGAUUAAUGAUGGUGAGAGGGUACCAUCAUGUGAGAAUGCAGUGUUCUUUACAACAAGGGUAACAUGGAUUAUCAAGCAUCAUGCAACCAUGGCUCAAAAUACUUGGGAUGCUGUAGAUACACAAGAAAAAGAGGAGCUGAUCAAUCGUGUUCGGGCUGAUUUCAUUCUAGAUUGGAGCAAAAGGAAUCAUCGCGAGAUGGUCGAGAAGAACCUUGGAAAGAAGUUCAAUGACUUUCACUACCAGCUUCAUAAAAUAUACAUGGGUUGUGCAACCCACGAUGAGGCAUUACUAAAACCAACCUCGUUGGUGGAACCAGAUGUAUGGAAAAAGUUAUGUGGGAGAUGGGGUAGCGACGAAUUCAAGAAAAUAUCCAAUCAAAAUAAGGCCAAUAGGAAAAGGCAGCGUGUGAACCACACAGCAGGCAGAAAGUCUUUUGUGAGGUUAAUACAAGAGAUGAAUAAUAUGAUUGAGAAGUUAGAUGAGAUGGAGCCUGAGGAGCGCACAGAUGAGGCUGCAAAUAUUAUAUUCCGAGAUGUGCUAGGACACAGAUGUGGUUAUGCAAGAGGACUUGGUGGUUCAAUUAUACCCGAGCCUAGACCAUCAUCUAUGUCGGCACAAUUUGAGCACCUAGCCCAAGAAAAUGAGAAACACAAAAAUGAGGCAAUGAUGUACAAGACUGAAUUGGAUGACUUGAAAAGGUAAGUACGACAAUUAUUGGUUUGGCAACAAUCGUAUGACCAGAGGAUGAACUCUUUUGAAUGUGAUUUAGAAAGAGUGUCUAAUAGAGACACUCCAGGAAAUGUUUAGCUGGAUGGCCUUCUAAACUGGGAUUUUUUGAUAUUUUGCUCCAUUUGCUGGCAGGCAGAUAUUUUAUUUAAUAGUUGUCUAGAUUUUUGGGUGCAGGACCCGCAUGUUAGUUGUACUUGCUGGAUGUUCCUUGGUGGAAUUAUAAAAUGUCCUGGGCAACAAUAUUUUGGUGGGAUUACUCUGUUAAAGGUUAUGAGAAAACAUUGUAAGUAUGCUUUAAAACCCCUAGAAACUGCAUGUAUUUUCUUCAAUGGCUAAGAGAGUUGCUGAUGCAUAUUCUAUAAGAUUAGUUAUGAUGCUAGUGAUAUUAAAACCUUGAAACUUGAGAGAUGUAUACCAGGUACAAAGAAAUGUUUGGUAAUUUUUUCUGUAAUAGACUAUAGGUACAGAUUUAUGUUGAAUAUACAUGUAAAGAUUCAGAUAUUUGAUCAUAUGCUGUUAUUUGCAUAACUCAGGUACUAUUGGAAUUUAGAAGCCUUUGCAUUAUAUUGGGAGAUUUGUAUAAUCAGCUCUAACAAUGUUUCUUCACAACAAUAGGUCAUUGGGUCACUCUUUGUGAGUAUUUAGGUAAACUUAAAAAUAGCCCUGUCUAUUUCAUGAGAUUUAUGGUGGGGUCAACUUGGUUUUGUUUUAAUUGAAGUAAGGUGGUGCAACUAGUUAUUGGGAUUUUGUAAAGAAUGUUGCAUACAUUCUUUUUAACCAAUUCCAUAUAAUAUUUCCGUAUAUUAUAUGGAAAUCAGUCCUUGCAUGCAUACAUAGUUAUAAUUUGGCUGGUGAAAACUAACUGCGUAGCACUGUUUUCAAUAUUUGGUGGGGUGGAAGAAACAAAAAUGGCAUAUAAGAUAUCCUUUGCUGGAAUUUUGGGCUUAGGUGGUAAUUUUCACCAUUCAUUCCCCUGUUUUUUGCAUGGCUAUAUACUUGCAUAUUUUUAAGCCUCAAAUGUAGUGCAUAUGAUAUAGUACUUGAAUAUCAUAUCAUAGGAAAGAUAUUUGGACAGGUUUGCAAAUUUGUGCAUUAGGUGUGUGCCAUAUGAUAUGUAGUUUUAAGUCACAUAUAUAGGGCUGAAAAUUGUAUCCACCCUAUCGAUGGUUUGAGUUGUGACUAUUGUUAAAUCAAAUACAUGAGGCCAACUGGUUUAGGGUUGAUAUGUUCUCCUCCUGCAGCCCAUGCCUCAAAACUGUUAUGUUUUACAUUGAUAAACAGAGAAGGGUAUUUAUUCUUGACCCUAGAGCAGUGAACUGGAAAAAGUUAAGCCAUUGCCUGAUGCAUCUUCUAUUUUCCUAUGAAAUAUGGAUGAUAUAACAGAUUUUAAUGAAUUAUUGGAGGCUUUUGCUUAGUUUAGUUUGUUCAUGUAAUGAGUGACAUAAGUUUAGUUCGUUGAUGACAUGAUUGGCAUGAAUUGUUGUCUGCUUUAGUUUGCUGCAAUGACUGGCAUAAUUAGUUUAGUUUUUGGUUGAUUAUUUUUAUCUUACAAGGUAGACAUAAAAAAUUACUUCAAGCACAUGAAUAAUUGUUUGAAGCAUGUAUA